CGCUCUGUCUGGCAGCGAUGUAUGUUUCUUGGGAGAUUGCGGCGGGGCGGCCGGAGCGGAGUGGGGACGAUGAUUGCCGGCCGCAGAGGGAAUUGGGACUCCGCCAGGGGAUCCCACGGUGGGCGGUGUGGAAGACGGUAUUGUCUGGGACGACUCUGCCGAAUAUCGACCCCCAACGCUAGCUAUCGUCUGCUCUCAACCUGGGCCAGAUAUUGCUCGCCACAUCGCCUUUGCAGCCGCCACAGCGACGGACGACGGCAGAAUUCGUGGAUAAUCCCAUCACAAUCGCGCGCGGAAACCGGGGCAGCCGCCUGACGACGCCCACCGCACUCGCCGUCGCAACAUUCCACACCCUUCGCUAAGUACAACUCGACGACUUGUCACGUCCGUCCCGCGUCCGGCUCAGCAGCUUACGACUACCGACCCUUGCUAUCGCGACGGCCCAUGAUGUCGAUGAUCCAAGUCGAUCGCUCCCCCCUUCCCUCAAAGGUCAACAACGAACUCCCUCAAAACGGACAGCUAUUUCCCCACAAUCUCGCUCCCGACGCCCUCAGUAACUGGCCCCCGCAUAAGAACAACGUCGCGCCCGACGUACAGCUCACGUCAGCCAACGUCGACGCCGCCCAUCCUGCGACACCCGUCAACGGCAACGGCACCAACAACAGCAAUCAUCCGCGUCCCUCGCUCUCGCCCGCACCCGAGAGCAGUCCAGCACGGCAGGAAGCAGGUGGCGCGGAAGCCACCGAGGGUGUGGAGAGUAACGCGGCACCACCAGCCGUAGAGGGCGAGGGAGGCGCGGGCGAGGAGAACACGGAACAGGAGAGCAAGCCUGAGGAGGGCGCGGCGAAGAAGGAUGGCGAGGAAGAACCAGAGUCGUCCAAGGAGCCACCGCCCACUCUUACCGUCACCGUCGAUGGCAGCGACAACGGCGCCGGUGUAGUCGCUGACCCUGGCACCAUCUCGCCUCUCAGCGAGCUCUCGCCUGCCCCGGACGACGACGACGACACGAAAGACGACGACGACGCUCCCAAUGCCGACUCUUCUCAGAACGGCGGAGGGACCUCCAAAGACGGGAAAUCACAGCCGAGCUCGAGCUCUCCUACUUCCUCGCCAAAAGUGAAUGGAUCGUCGAGGAAACCUCCGCCGUCGACACGUACACUCCGACCUCGGAAUCGACCUUCGAGCUCAAAUCCAUCCAUCUCGAAAGCGCCUGUUGCGGGUCCUUCGUCUUCGCCGUCAAAAUCCUCUUCACAUCCACCUAAUCCUUCCCCGCCUUCGACGUCGAGACCGUCUACUUCCAACGCGCCCGGUAGCAAUAGCUCAUCACGCUCAAAAGCUCAUCUAAUCCUUCAAAUCAAUGCAGAGCUUUUCAAGAUCUGCAUGGACUUCCAGGCUCGGUCGGUCCCCCAGAGCGAUCCUAAAUACCUCUUGUUCGCGAGACGUAUAGAGUCAAAUCUCGCCUGGAUGGCCACAGCUGUCGAUAGCAAUCCAAACACGACAAAUCUCCCCGACUUCCGCCCCCUCCCCAAAUUCGACUCGCCGCUCUCAGAUCGAAUACAAGAACUAUACUCCGAAGUCCCCAGCGUAUUCUCCAAAGACAUCGCCCGACAUCAGUUCAUCGUCCAGCAGCAGCAGCAGCAGCAGCAGCAACAGCAGCAACAACAAGCCCAACAACUGCAACAACAACAACAACAGGCGCAACAACGAGGUCAACACUCGUCGUCCUCGCUAAAGCGAGAACGCCCAGACGAUGGCCACGGAUCCACUAUAUCCAUGGACGGCGGUAUAGGCGGCCUGAGCGGCAUUGGAGGUAUCGGCGGUAAUGUAGGGGGGCUCGGCGUUGGAGGAAUGGUGGGAGGAGGUCCACCGGCGCACAAGAGGAGAGAUACGGGCGAACGGAAAGGGUCGUCUGGCCCUGGCUCCCUUUCCGCCUCUGGCUCGAUGAACUCCAUGUCGGGUCCGAUCGGUGGUGUUCCGGGUCCAAACGCGGGCAUGGGCAUGGGCAUGAAUAUGAACAUGAACGCGCCGAUGGGGAUGCCGAAUAAUGGGAUGGGGAUGGGGAUGAAGGAUCCGAGGUUGAGGGGGUCGAGUAUGGCCCCGCCUCCAUCGGGGACGCCGGCGCCUGGCAUCGGUGGCAUCGGUGGUGUUGGGGGGAUUGGAGGGAUGGGUGGCGUUGGUGGCAUGGGUGGAAUGUCGCCUGAGGAGGCUAUGAAUCUGAAGCAGGCUCAGGCUCAGGCGAGACAGCAGCAGCAGUUGAGAGAGCAGCAACAUAUGAGAGAGCUGCAGAUGAGGGAGCAGCAGCAGAGGCAGGCGAGUGGCGGCCAAGGACAUGGACAGGGACAGGGACAGGAAGGAUUCAGUCCUAUGACUGGCGGGAUGGGUGGUGUGGGAGGUAUUGGCGGGUUGGGAGGUCUCGGGGGGAUGGGCGGGAUGGGAGUUGGAGGGAUGCAAGAUGGGAUGAGCGAGGCGCAGCAGAUGAUGUUGUUGAGGGAGAAAGAAGAGAAGAGGAAGUCACAGAUGCGGGCGGCGAUGAUGCAGAAUCAGCAGCAGCAACAGCAACAACAACAACAGCACGCGCAGAGACAGAUGUCACCGACUCAUCCGCAGAUGGGUGGGCCUGUUGGUGGAUUGGGAGCUGCUGGUGGGAUGAAUAAUGGGGGCAUGGGAGGGAUGGGAGCGGCGGGCAUGGGCAUUGGAGGCGUCGGAAUGGGUGGUGGAGGGGAGGGCAGCGGCGGUCAUGGCGGUGCGGGUGGUAGUGGUGGCGGCAAUCCUCCGGUAUCGAGUCCGGCGCAACUCGUCCAAAUGUUGCAGCACACGAACAGCCCGCUCAUGCAGUACAUGGUGAAGAACGUACCAAAUUUCAUGCAGAUGAGCACGCAGCAGCAAGUGGUGAAGAUGCAACAGGCCCAGAUCGCUCAGCAUCAACGCAACCAAGUUCGGAUGCUUCAGCAGCAGCAGCAGCAGCAGCACAGUCGCCAGAACUCAAGCGGGGACCUCUCUUCCUCCACUCCCUUCCCCCUUAAUGGUAACGGUAACCACUCCCAGCAACAACAACAGUUCCCUGGUGGCGUACCCAACGUGGCGUCUCCCAUGUCGCAGUCACAUCAUUCUCCGGAUCGGUCAGCUUCCGCUGCUGGACUCCCAUUCGGCCAUAAUGGCAACAACGGUCCGGGUAAUAUCGGUGGCGUUGGCGGAGGAGGAGGACAUGCGAACCAAAAUAAUAACCUCAUCCAGAUCGCUGCACAAUUGGGCUUGAACGCUCAGCAGAUGAUGCAGUUGCAGACUUUGCCGGCGCACCAGAGACAGCUGUAUUUGAUGCAGAGGCAGCAGCAGAUGAGGAACGCUGGUGUUGGGGUUGGUGCUGGUGGAAAUGGCGGUGCUGGGAUGAACCCGCAGAUGCAGGGGAUGGGUGGCAUGGGUGGCGGUGGCGGUGGGGGGAUGAACCCAACAGCUGCAGGCAUGAACCCUAAUAUGCUACUCCAACAACAGCACCAGCAACGACUCGCCCAACAGCAACAACAACAGCAGCACCAGCAACAGGCACAGCAUUCGCCAGUUGGAGGACCUGGAGGACCUGGACCUGACGGUGGAUUUCCUGGUAUGAUGCGGUCUGGUUCGGCGGCUAUUCCUGGUAUCGCGAGGAGCACACGAUCACCGAGCGAAUCGCCUAUGACGCCUAGGAUCGGCGGGCCACAACAGAUCCCUCAAGGACCGCAAGGACAACAGGCGCAGGAACUGCAGAGGGUGAUGAUGAUGAAUAGGGCAGCCGCGUCACAGGGGAAUGUGCCUGUUGUUGGUGGUGGAUCGGUAGGCGGGGGUGGCAGCGCUGGUGGAAGCAUGGGUGCGCCGUCACCUGCUGGGUCGCAUGGAGGUGGGGGAGGAAGUGCCGGGCCUGGUUCUGGUUUCAUUAACCCGCAAAUGACCGGUGGGAGCGACGGUGGUAUGGGCUCCGGGUGGCCACAGCAGCAAGGGGGCAGCGGGUAUGGCCCAUCACCACCCGGGAGCGCGCACAGUCGAAACCCUGGGUUCCCUUCUAAUGUCGCUGCCGCUUCUUCGCCUAGCUCGGGUGGUGGAUGGCAAGGGGGGCAGGGGUUCGUUGGGGUCGAUAAUGUUGGAACGCCCGGUGGGAGUGCUGGAGGCAGUGUCGGUCCACAGCAGUUGUCACAGUCGCAUCAUUCGUCGCCGGCGGACGUUACGGCGCAGAUGGAUGAUUUCUUUAACUGGUCAUAACCCUCGCCAUUGCAUCGAUCAUCUCCUACUCUACCUGUCUGCCUCCCUGCUCCCUUGCUCUGGCCGUUGUGGCGAAAAAUCUAUGAUAUACCACACGUACUUAUCGGAUCUCUAUCUCUGUGUCGCUGUCGAUGACUCGUUGCUCUCAUAUUCCUUCACCUUUCGCCGUCUGUUCUCUUCCUUUUUCCACGCUAUGUGUCGGUCAAACACGCUUUCGCUUCACGAGCCCUUGGCCUGGUCCACAGUCAACAUUGCCCCCGCCCCGCUUCUCUUUCUCUUCAGCCACACUUUGAAUUUAUGCUUCUAUGUCCCAUCCUCCGUCUUCUCUGCUCAAUCUCUCUAUUUUUUGAACCUCACCUCAAAC